AAAAGUGAUGCUAGUCUUCUGGAUAAGGAAAGAGAGAGAUGGCAAUUCAACUGAAGCUCCCCUACACAUCCACGUUGAAGCACAGGAAGCAAGGCAAGCCACCCAUCUUCAACAUUUCAACACCACCAACUCUGCAGGUCCAUGCCUCCUCAAGCAGUGCCCGGCAACUGAUAGGGUCCGGGGCAGUCCGGCCGAUACUGCCAAAGGAUGCAGCCUCUGCUUUGAACUCUGAAGGCUUCAUACUCCUGGACGUCAGGCCAGCGUGGGAGAGGGAGAAGGCACGUGUCUCGGGGUCAAUGCACGUGCCACUCUUUGUUAAGGACAUGGACAACAGCCCCAUCACUCUGCUGAAGAAGUGGGUGCAUUUUGGGUACAUUGGGCUGUGGACUGGCCAGAAUUUCACCAUGAUCAAUCCUGAUUUUGUCGGGCAAGUGGAAAUAGCUGUUCCUGAUAAGGACGCUAAGCUCCUUGUUGCUUGUGGAGAAGGGCUGAGGUCCAUGAUGGCAGCUUCAAAGCUACAUGGAGGAGGAUACAGGAACUUGGGGUGGCUGGCAGGUGGAUUUAAUCGGGCCAAUGAUGGUGAUUUUCCUGAUGUCGAAGGGACUGAGAAGCUGCAGUAUGCCACAAUAGGGGGUAGAUUUGUGCCUUCAGUUGCUCAGAUGUCCGAGAAGGCACUUUUCUAGAACUGUUCAUUUUUGUUGGAACAAAGUGUCAAUCCAAAUCCCUGUGCAACUAAGAAGCAGAAUUGUGGUGAUUGGACCUCAUUAAAGACUUCUAAAUUUCUAAUGGGAGGUCAUUCAUGAUGCCAUGACUUUCUUAGUUUUCUCUAAGUUGAAUUUGAAUGCAAACCCUGGAUGCAUGUUUGCAGAGCCAAACUCAACUUUGAUCAGUCCACAAAAGAUGCCAAAACCUCAAGUACUACUGAUCCAAUGAAUUUGAAUCCUGAUAGGUAAUCUGGAAAAACCCCUACCUAACUUCCUCCUCCCCUUUUUUCAAACCAUUCAUUACCAGACACCAUGGUUAGCAUACUUGAUUGUUUGACUUUAUGGUUAUUUGAGAAGUGUUCAACAGUGCCCAAUAAGACGGCCAAUACAGAAAGUCAUUUUAUAUUA